AGUAUAGGAAUCUCCAGUCAGUUCUCAUAGUUACCAACGACCAGUUGUCCUUCAAACAAUCCCCCUUCAACCUCACUGCUCAUCUCCUAUGUAGCAUGCUCAGAGAGAAGAACAAGAAAAGAUAGGCAAAUACUGUCAAUCUUCUGUUAUGGCAAAGAUCCUGAGCUUAAGCUCCCAAGGCUCCUAUGUCAUGCUGGACAAUGGGUUGGUGAAACUCACAAUACUGAGGCCACAAGGAUUCUUGACUGGCAUCAAGUAUGGAGGAAUGGACAAUCUUUUAGACCUCAAGUCAAGUGAAACUAACAGAGGGUAUUGGGACAUCAACUGGAGCUUGCCUGGAGGCCAGGACAGAUACCAAUUAAUCAAAGGGGAUGACUAUAGUGUUGUUCAUUCCAGUAAUGAGAGUAUAGAGGUUUCAUUCAGGAGUACUUAUGAUCCAUCCACUUCAGGCAUCAGACUGCCACUCAGUAUUGACUUGAGGUAUAUACUGAGGGCUGGUGUUUCAGGCUUCUACUGCUAUGCAAUAUAUGAGUUACCCCCAGGAUGCCGCGCUUUUGACGUUGCUCAGACAAGGAUGGUGUUCAAGUUGAGACAAGAAAGGUUCCACUACAUGGCCAUCUCAGAUGAGAAGCAGAGGGUAAUGCCCAUGCCAGAGGAUCUUCUUCAGAACAGAGGCAAAAAGCUGAUUGUACCUGAAUCAGUUCUGCUUGUGAACCCCAUUAAUCCGCAUCUCAAAGGCGAGGUUGAUGAUAAGUACCAGUACUCCAUGGACAACAAGGAUGGAGGAGUCCAUGGCUGGAUAAGUUCUAGCCCUGUUGUUGGAUUCUGGGUCAUCUUCCCCAGCCAUGAGUUUCGUAACGGGGGGCCUACCAAGCAAAACCUCACUGUCCACACUGGUCCUGCUUGCCUUGCUAUGUUCCAUGGAACUCAUUAUAUUGGAGAGGAUAUAAUGGCUCAUUUCAAAGACGGGGAGACAUGGAGGAAGGUCUUUGGCCCCUUCUUCGUAUACCUUAAUUCUACCCCAAAUAUAUCAAAUGCAUACAACUUAUGGCUAGAUGCUAAGAAACAGAGGCUGUUGGAGGAGGCAGCAUGGCCGUAUGAUUUUGUCUCAUCACCCUAUUACUUUACUUCUAAAGAACGCGGUUCAGUUUCAGGGAGACUGCUGGUCCAAGACAGGUUUGUUUCUAGUUCUCUUGUCCCUGCUAAGUAUGGAUAUGUUGGUCUAUCAGUUGCAACAACUGAAGGAUCCUGGCAAACAGAAAGCAAGGGUUAUCAAUUCUGGGUGCAAACCGAUUUGAAUGGAAACUUCACCAUCAAGAAUGUUAUCCCAGGAGCUUAUGGACUUCAUGGCUGGGUUCCCGGUUUCAUUGGUGAUUACCUUGAUAAUGCACGCAUUUCUGUCUCCUCAGGGUCACAGAAACAACUUGGCAAUUUGACCUAUGUUCCCAUCAGAGAUGGUCCAACUGUAUGGCAGAUCGGAUUCCCAGAUCGCACAACUAUUGGUUUCUAUGUUCCUGAUGUGAAUCCAAUGUAUGCCAACAAGUUAUUUCUGAACAGCCCUGAGAAGUUCAGGCAGUAUGGCUUGUGGGACAGAUACACUGAUCUAAACCCCAAAUCUGAUCAAGUUUUCACAAUAGGCGUCAGUGAUCCAAAGAAAGACUGGUUCUUUGCUCAUGUAGACAGGAGAGGAGAAGAUAAUAAGUAUCUUCCAACACAAUGGGAAAUCAAGUUUAAUCUUGAUUCAGUAACCAGUGGGAUUUACAAGCUGAGGUUGGCCAUGGCAUCAGCAACCCGCACUGAUCUUCAGGUCCACAUCAAUGACAUGGAUGUGAAGCAUCUAGUGUUCCAGGUGCAGAACUUAGGAAUGGACAACACAGUUUGUCGACAUGGAAUUCAUGGACUGUACCGGCUUUACAGCAUUGAUAUUUCUUCGUCUUUGUUGGUUAAGGGGGACAACUCCUUAUUUCUCACACAGGCCAGGGGAGGAGAUGCAAUUUGUGGAGUCCUCUAUGAUUAUCUUAGGCUAGAAGCUCCUGCAAGUUCAUAGAUAAUUCGAGUAGUGACAAAAAAAUAAAAACAUGGCAUUAAAGUUCAGUUCAA